CUUUCCAGCAAAUGCAGCAGGCAGCAAAAAAUGAAAGCGAAAGUAUUCCUGGAGGACACUAAUAAAGACAGAAAAAGUUGUUUCGAAACGACCUGCAUGAAGGUUUUGCAGGUAUGAAUCUCACACUUGGAGGUAGCCUCACGUAUUUCUUCCGUCUUUUAUUUCGUUUCGUUUGCAAGGCAUUGCGAUUGAUUUAUUGUCAAUACUCGAUCGUGAAACUACUCUCCGCGCACCUGGCAGCAGUGUGGAGGUUGACUGAUAAAGUCGUCAAAGAAAGAAUCAAGAUGGAUGUUUUGCAAAACGUUCAACAGUUUUUCAACCCCACUCGCCCCCCUCCAGCAGCUGAGAUCAAGUACCAUGGGUUGAAGAAAAAAGGAGCAACGUGUUACUUGAACAGUGUGCUGCAGGUGCUGUUCAUGACCAAAGGCUUCAGAGAGGCUGUGGAAAGGUACACCAGUGGAAACCCUGAUCCUGAGCGUAUUGACUCUCAUCUUAAAGACGUGUUUGAUGUCUUAAAGAAAAAAACAGCAUGCACCUAUAACAUCAUAAAGAGGCUGGGCAUCGACAGAGUGUAUGAACAGCAAGAUGCUGCGGAGUACUUUGAGAAGAUUUUAGCUCUGACCAGUGAUGAGGCUUCACAGCUCUUCCACGGAGAGUUGACACACAAGACCAUUUGUUCUAAAUGUCUCACAGAGAAAAACGCAGAUGGGUUAUUUUGGCAUCUUCCUCUUGAGCUGGUGGAUUCCUACAAUGGGCACUACAGUGUGAUGGCCGGCACUGAGGAGUAUUUCAGAGAUUCGAACUUUAGUGGAGAAAACCAGAUGUACUGUGACCAGUGUGAUGACAAAUCUGACGCUACUAUUAAAUGUGUCAUAAAGCAUCAUCCAGAGGUUUUGAUGCUGCUGCUGAAGAGGUUUGAGUUUAACUACCAUUACAAGAUGUAUUUCAAAAACAACUGUGAUGUGGAUGUUCCCAGAACUCUGCAGAUCCCAGAGAAUCAGACGUAUGAACUGUACGCAGUUGUGGAUCACGUUGGUGGUCUGAGAGGUGGACAUUACACUGCAACAGUUAAGUCAGAGGACGAUGAGAGAUGGUAUAACUUCAAUGAUUCCAGAGUCUCAUUGCCUGAUUACCAGCUACUCCAGGUGGAUAACAAUGAGAUUUCCUGCAGCGCUUAUCUUCUUUUUUACAGGAAAAAGACAACCCACACUGCAGAUACUUGUGCUCAAGACAAAAAGGAGGUGCCCACCAGUGGAGGUUUCCCGCCUGCUGCCGUUGACAACCAUGACCAGGGUCACGAUGCUGAAAUGACAGGAGAGAGUGAAGAGUCAGUAGAAGUGGGCAAUGACACUGCAGUGGAUGUUAUGGUGGAUGAUGAAACAGGAAUUAGAGACACGGUCAGUGUUGUGUCUGGAGGAGUGAACCUAUCAGCUGACAGCAUCUGUAAGGUAGAGGAUCAGGUCAACGGAGCUGAUGUCAGGCAGAUAAUACCACCUGAUAACUAUCAGUGGUUGAAUGAGGAAAAGAGUGAGUUGCAUAAUCAAGAUGUUCACACCAAAGAACAAGAGCAAGAUGAGGAGGGAGGAAAGACGGAAAAAUCCCCAACAAACUCCCCCAGCAUGGAUAUAGAUUAUAGGUUGUAUAAAGGACAAGAGCAACAGGGAGAGGAGAGGAGGGAUGUUAAGGGAGACAAGGAGCAAAGGAGAGCAGAUGAUGAUCCUGCACAAAGUAAGGGAACAGAAGAGGACUCAGAAAGAAGGGAAAAACUGACCGAGAACCAGGGAGUUGAAAGUGUUGAAAUGACGAGACUGGGGGGUUCUCAGCCGCGAGAAACAACUGGAUUAAAGGAGGUUAGAGUGGAAGGUAGAGGUUGGUCGAAGCACUCAAGGAUAUAUGGGAAGAUAAUCGAGGAAGAAGUUAGGGAAACCCCUGAUGGUCCUCAAAGAUGCAGCGAGACGAAGACCAUAAGAAUUGAAACCGUGGAAACCUCAGAAGAGAGCGUUAAGAGUCAGGUAAAUAGUGAAGCGAGCGCUGACAGAACGACUUGGCGCCAGAGUGUUUGCACUUCAAAGCUGAGUGAUUCACCUUUACCGGAGCCACAGACACAUAGACACACAAGCGUCGUUGUAAAUGCACAAGAAGAGAACGAGACAAACAGUUUUAUUUACUCCAAUGCCAAGGCAACGCGAAAAGUGCCUGAUGCACAGAUGCAAAAAUAGGCAGUGAAGAAAAGAGCUGCACGUGAGAAGAGGAGAAGAUGGUGGCAUACCACUGCCCCGCUGAAGAAACACAGGAAGCGAAAAAGGAGGAACAGAACAAAACGACUACGCGCAGGUUUUUGCAAAAGCCAGAAAAAUCCAGACUUGACUUCAGAGUCAGAUCAAAGAUAAUAUAAAUUGUUAUUUUACAAGACUGCAUGUCCGUGUGGAGUCUACAAGAUCUUACUUUUAGUUUUUAAUCAAUGCUUAUUGAUACUCAUCAGAGAUCUGCUAGUGAUCGGGUAGUAUGGACAUACCUUUGUUCCUGUUGGUGAAUGUAUUUUGAGUCUGUCUCUUCUCUUUCUUCACGUUGGUUCAAUCUGUUUAACAGAUCGACUUUCCUGGUUUUUGUAAUGGUUAAUGUAAAAUGCUUCACUUCCUGUUUGUUCCUGUCUGAAGACCAGCAAAUGUAAAAGCUUAAAUUAGUAACUUUUAGUGAUCAAUGAUUUAUUUGUGUGCUGUUGCUCUGUGUCACGUUUACAAUUCAUACAGUUGAAGACGUGUAUUGUACCUGUUACAUUUUAUUUAUAAUAUAAAUCGUUCAGAGAUAUAUAAAGAGAUAGUACUGAAUGUAACAUGUAAUAUGUCUCAGGUAAAAGAUUGUGUGUGUGGAAAUUUAAACCUAAACCUUCAUGUGUCGUCUUGUUUUGUAGGUCACUUAACUCUCAUAAAAGAGGCCUUUUGGUCUCUGUGUUGUUGUACACAUGUAAACCACUACUGCCCAAUGACUCAUCUCAUAGAUGCUUUAGAUUUUAUUUUCAUCUCUUUGAAUCAAACCAAACUGUUGUGUUGUCAUUUACUUAGAUCUAAUGUGAAGCAUUCUGACGGUGAUUUAAACGAAUAAAAAAAUAUAUACAAACUGAA